AUGGUAGCUAAGAUGCUGUUGCAUAUUUUCGGUGCCAAUACCAACAUCUCUUCAGCACUCGUGGCAUUUGAGGGUAGCGUUGAACUUACGAAGCUGAUUCGUGCCCGUACACGAGCAGAUACAUUUGCGAAUGGCAACGAACUUCGACGCCAAGCACUGAAAGAGUUAAAUAUUGAAGACAGCGAAACAACAGGUCAUUUGCAUUUUUAUGUCAGUCUCGGACGUGAUGAUCGCAUACGAGAUACGCAGACCAAAGCUGCUUGUGCGGAAUUGACUCGGAUUUGGGAUUCUAAGACGUUAACUGUAGAGCCUGACAAAGGUGCUGCUGUGGGCUACAUCAUGAAGGAUGGAAACUAUGUCAUAUAUCCAGACACGGAAAAAAUCAGGGACGUUUUUGACGCGAAGGCUAACAAAUGGAAGGAUGAGCAUUAAAAAACCUUAUGUCGAGCCCCCCGUGAUUAAUAACAUGGUGACUGAAAUAUCAAAAAUUCCAUCGACGCUGAGGGCACGAAAUGACCCGGAACUAAUACAAAAGGUAUGCGGGAAAUUUUUGCGAUAUCUGUCCAUUGCCUAUAUGCGAC